GGACACUGCAAUACGCGCAUGCGCACACCGACUUCCCGCCAUCUGCCCGGGAGAGAGAGCUUCACCGACUUUUCUUUUGUUGACAGCGAUUGGGACGUGGACACAAUCCACAUGUUUGGAUCUCGUGAAACUCGGAAUCUCGGCUGAAAAAUCUUUUGAUUAGAAUUAAGAAUUAAAUAGAAUUAAACUCCACAAAUGGCAUCACUCCUUUCAAAUCCAGAUAUGGAAGAUAUGAAAUCUGAUUCAAGCCGAACAGUUACUGAGAUUCCCACAACUUUAAAUUGCAAAAAAACAAAACUGAUUGUGCAUCUGGAUUUAAAUAACACAAUCCUACUGUGUGACACAGUCACUGGCCAGGGACCCAGCAAUGCUCUUAAUUCCUUUCUAUCCACUGUGACCUGGGGUCGGAUGAACCAGAUAGGCAGGUGGGAAUGGCUAAGUAGUGUACUCUCUCUAAACCCUCCUUGCGAUGGUGCUGUGAGCUAUUAUUCACAGUUUGGGAGGGUGCUGGACUUCACAGAGACGGCUGAUGGACAACCCUUUAAAAAGAUUCACAGUGACUGUCUGCAGAAACUGGAAUGGCAAAAUCCAUAUGAUGAGCUACUGUCUACUACUGGAGAGGAUGGGAAACACUAUCACUGGAUCCUACCAGCUUUUUUCGAGUUCAUUGAUGACUUGUUAUCACAGAAUAGAGAAUUUGCAAUAAUAUUUCGAACGUUUGGGACAGAUCUGUGCAGAACUUUGGAAACAAUUCAGUUUGCCCUGUCAGGCAAUCACCCUGAAUAUAAACAUCUGCAAAUGAAGCAACUUCCAAUCAGCAUGGUCGAGGGACGGAUCCGCUGCAGUCCAGAUAAUGUGGUUCUGACUGUAGGAUCUGAUCAAAUUUCUUUAAAAUCAGAGAGCAGAGGCCUCUAUAAUUACUUUUCCUCGUUGAAGGGAAUUGUAGGUUUUCAGGAUCAUUUUGACUGGUGGGCUCGCAAUAAUUAUUCAAACAGAGGCGGUAAGCCAUUGUGGAUUGAUCCUUCCCACACUGGUGUACAUCAUAUCUUCAUAGAUGAUAAUAUCCGUCUGAAUGAUUCUGACAGCAUUGUCAAUCCACAGGUAUUUGUCAAGGAUGGAAUCAGAAUUGCUCCCACUGCAGAGCUGUAUAACAUUUGUCUGGUUCAGACAAACCUUGUGAAGGCCAUAUGUGAUCGGAAUUACUUCAUCAAGUGCGUGCAGCAUUGUGAGGAGAAUUUUAUCAAAUACACAGCGCAAUGUGCUGCUCAAGAUGCCGUAACAACCUCAGACAAAUCGACAACUAGCUGAUAUAGGACUGUUUAUCUUAGAACAAAUAGUAGAAGAGUUAACUAGAUGUAGGGGCUGACAGAUAUUAGUGAAACUGUAGUGUAACUUCGACUUUGCUACAACCAAUUUCUCUGAAAGGUUUGCUGUGGAAACAAUUUCACUGUACUUUAUAUUGGCAUGCUUAUCAAGGUGUAAAAAUUCUAUUCAAAUCAUAUAAGAUCAAAUUUAAUAAGUUUUAUUCCCUAAAGGGUUUACAAAUAUAUUUAUAUAAAUGUAUGUCUGUUAAGAGUACUAUGGAAUUGUUGCCUUUAACAGAGGAAAGUGCUUAGUGUACAUCUUUAACAAACUGUCUUAUAUGUUUAUACAACAAAUGUUGUGAAGAAUCCUUGAAUCCAUUUGCUUCCUGAAUAAAGCACUUCACAUUGUA